UUCGCGCGCCGCCGCGUAUAAAAGCCUGCGGGGGCUCCUGCACUGAGCUCUUAUCACUUCAAGUGCUGGUACACCGCAUCCAGUGUCGCAGAGAAUUCGACCAGUUUCAGGUCUACAGUGAUACUCAGCAAACCAACAUUUUUUUUUUCCUGGACGAUUUAAUUGUUUUCUAUUCCGUCAACAUUCGCCUAACCUAAAUUUAAAAAAAAAAACUCACGCUUAUCCGUAAAACACGUUUCACGAGUCCAGUUCAAGCCGCCGAUUUAUUUCCUGUUAACUAAUUUGGUGAAAGUUCUCUAGCAGCUGACAACGCUUCGCACGAAUGAAAAGUGGUGGAAAAUAAUACGUACUUGCGCUUUUGUUUUUUUUUUAUUCUUCUUCUUCUGAAGAUCUACGCUUUCUAGAGCUUUUGUCAUUAUGUGCGCAAAAAAUAUUGUGAUUGAGUUUUUGUUUGCGCACAGGUGAACGCUUAGGUUUUGUGUGUGUGAACAUAUAUAUUCUUUUACAAAAUAAACUUAAUUACAAUCGAAGAUGGUGGUGAAACACAUGCAAAAGAUCUGGAAAUCGAAUAUUUCUCGAGAGGUGGUGGCCACCGUCGCGGCGCACAGCAACUCUGUGUCCGUGGGGCUGUGCCAGGGCUUCUCCGCUGUGCUGAUACCUCAGCUCAUGGCGAAGAACAGCUCCAUCCCCAUCACCGAGGACGAUGCUUCGUGGAUGGCUGCCCUGGGCGUGAUCUCGAACCCGCUGGGCGCUCUGCUGGCCGGGAUCCUCAUGGAGAUCUUCGGCCGCAAGGCCACGAUCAAGCUGACGUCGCUGCCCUACUUCGUGGGCUGGGUCCUCAUAGCCUGCGCCUCGGGCAUCCCGAUGAUGUACGCGGGUCGGUUCAUAACCGGCCUGGCCGUGGGCAUGGCGACCGCCAGCUACGUGUACGUGGCGGAGGUGUCGCUGCCGCAGCACCGCGGCACGCUGUCGGCGGCCGGCCCCAUCCACGUGUCGCUCGGCGUGCUGGCCGUGUACGUGCUGGGCUUCGUGGCGCACUGGCAGCUGGUGGCGGCGCUCUGCACCAUCUGCUCGGUGACCUCGUUCCUGGCCAUCUGCAGCGUGCCCGAGAGUGCGCCCUGGCUGGCGGGCCGCGGCCGCGUGGCCGAGGCGUCGCGCGCGCUGCGCUGGUUCCGCGAGUCGCCCGCGCAGGCCGACGCAGAGCUGGCGGACCUGCUGCGCACCGUCGCCGGCGAGAAGAACAGCAACUCCAGCGACGUGGGCCAGAGCGGCUCCGCGCUCAACGGCGCCGUCAGCUACCUCAAGCCAUUCUUCAAGCCGUCCGCCUGGAAGCCCUUCCUCAUCCUCAUGGUGUUCUUCCUCUUCCAGGAGGGCUCCGGCAUCUACGUGUUCCUGUACUACGCCGUGAGCGUGUUCCAGGACGCCGGCUCGGGCCUCAACGAGUUCGUGUCGUCCAUCGUGGUCGGCGUGCUGCGGCUCGUCAUGAGCGUGGUCGGCACGGUGCUCAUCAAGAACUUCGGCCGCAAGACGCUGGCCGUCGCCUCGGGGCUGGGCAUGACGCUGGCCAUGAUCGCCGGCGGCUUCUACGAGUACCAGUACUCGCACCUGCCCACCACGGAGCGGCCCUUGCUCUGGAUCCCGCUCGUCUGCGUGCUGGUGCACGUGUGCGUCAGCAUGGUGGGCUUCCUGCAGCUGCCGUGGAUCAUGAACGGCGAGCUGUUCCCGCUCAACAUCCGCGGCGUCAUGGGCGGCGUGGUGGCGGCGCUCGCCAACCUCUUCAUCUUCGCGUCGGUGAAGACCUACCCCAGCAUGACGCACAGCCUUGGCAUGGACGGCACGCUGUGGCUGUUCGCCGCGUCCAGCCUGUUCGGCGCCGUGUUCUGCCAGAUCUUCCUGCCGGAGACCCGCGGCAGGACGCUGCGCGAGAUCGAGAUGGCCUUCCACGGCCGCACCGGCGACAAGACCAAGGGCGAGGUGAGGCCGCCGGCGGACAUCUACACCAUCGAGGACCAGAUCCUGACCCUGAGGACCAUCUCGCCCCUGCCGGCCAGCGGCGAGGCAGAAGGUCCUGCCGCCAGCAGGAGGCGGGCAGACACCGUGGCGGGCGACGAUGCGGCGUCGUCCAGUCGACUGUGAAGUUUCUUCCGUGUGACAUUCUCAGAGACACGCCUGUCAAACCAACCCGAGACGCGAUCGCAAACUUCGAGAACGCACGAGUGAUAUCAUUAUAGACAUUCAAGAUUCGUAUGCUGUUAUAAUGUGUGCCGUUCGAGAGAAGUUUGUGAGGAUCAACGAAAGUGAGAUGGUGAAAAAAAAUAUGGAGGGUAAUCGUACAGUAUUACCUAUGAAAGAUUUGUGCAAUGGUAGUGCAUGACUUGAUAUUGUAAGCUUUUGGACAUACGCCAUUGCUAAGCACAUGCAUGACAGACAUGCAUGUGCUUAGCAAUGGCGUAUGUCCGAAAGCUUACAUCAAGUUAAUCGUAAGGUAUGUGCGGGUGAGUGAAAAAAAAAGUAUUUUCAAGUGCGUCGUGCUAAAAAAAAAAUACUAAACCCUAUAAUGAAAUUUCGUUAACCGAAGCAUGCAAAAUUGUAUGCGUUAUACACAUCAGUAUUAGUGUAUUCUAUGGUGAUUUCAUUUUUAAGCAUUCAUUCUGCAAACUCAAACCUUUGAAAUAAAGCUAAUCAGAGCUAAAGUACUUAUAUUUUAAAACAAAAACUUAAAAUGUAUUUAGAAAGCUGUAUUCGUAUAUGUAUAUAGCUAUUUUGGUGAAAUGUUUAAAGAAAACUUACUUUAAUACGUAAAUAUUUAGAAAACCUUUUCUAUAAUUUUCUCGAUUGUCAGGUUUUAAAAAUGGACCAUUGUAUAUUUUGUCAUAAUUAUUAUUGAAUUUUUACCAAAAAAAAUUAAGCUGAUUUGGAGAUUAUAAAUUAUUAAAUACAAAUAUGAGUAUACAAUUGUCAUUUGUCAACAUACACACUAGAAAAGUAAUGAAACCAAUGAAAACUCAAAUGCUGAUAAAUAUUGUAUUACUUAUUAUGUCUUUAUUCACAGGAUCUUCCAGUUUUUGAGAUCAAUACUUUUUUUUCUAGUUUCUUUAUUAUUUUAAAAGAAAUUUUGAGAACCAGACUGUUUAUUUUAAAUAGUUUAGAUUAUUUUGUACUGACUAGAAUUAAUUUUUUGACUAUGUACUUGUUGAAAUAUGUUAUUUAUCAUUUUCGAUUAUUAAAAUAUUUUGAGUGUUUACAAAAA